ACCUCAGAGGCGGGUAUCAAUAUGGAGACAAUUUCCAGGAUAUCUUCGAUGCUAGAAACAGCUCGAGAGCUCACCCUGGAAGCUGCCCAGUCCGCCGCGAGCAACAGGAUUUUGAAACCGGAUUCUUUCUCACGCACUCACAGUGUGGCCCAAAUUAAAAAACUUCUGGAUAGUCGGCAUGAGCGGGAAGUCCUGGAUGGAAUGCGGAAGGUCAUCUCGUUGAUGUACCAAUCCCAAUCCUCCCAUCCAUUCUUUUCCGCCGUGGUCAAGAACGCAGCCAGCGCCAACCUGGAGGUCAAGAAGCUAGUCUACAUCUACCUUGUCCACCAUGCGGAGGCAGAACCGGAUUUGGCGUUACUGUCCAUCAACGCCAUUCAAAAGUCCUUGACAGAUUCGAACCCACAGAUCCGAACUAUGGCCCUGCGAACAAUGUCUGGGAUUCGCGUGCCGGUGAUCAGCCAGAUCGUGUCACUAGCCAUCAAGCGCGGGUGCGGCGAUAUGAGCCCGCACGUACGGAAAGCAGCCGCCCUGGCUAUCCCCAAAUGCUAUCGCCUAGACCCGAACACGCUGCCUCAAUUGGUUGGAUAUAUAACAACUCUUCUUGGAGAUUCGCAAUAUUUCGUUGUUGGCGCGGCCGUGGCCGCAUUCUUGGAAGUCUGCCCGGAGCAGAUUGAUCUGGUUCAUAAGCAUUACCGCAGCUUGGUCAAGAAAUUGGUGGAUAUGGAUGAGUGGGGUCAACUAGCAACGUUACGCCUCUUAACCUUUUAUGCGCGCCAAUGCUUUCCGCGUCGGACGCAGAAGGUGAAACAGGCGGUAACCAAGUUUUAUGAUGAUGAUGAAGCAGAACAGCUGAACGACCAAAAUGACGGCGAAGAGUACGAAAUACCUGUGGUAGACCCUGAUCUUGAACUGCUCCUGCGGGCGUGCAAGUUAUUACUCCAAAACAGAAACUCGGCCGUCAUUGUCAGUGUCGUUCGCUGCUUCCUUUACCUAGCACCUCCUGAAUAUCUUGCUACGGCUGUCGGGCCAUUGGUGGCUCUUCUUCGAAGCCCGCAGGAUAUGCAGUUGAUUGCGCUUUACAAUAUCGUGGCAGUCGCUUUAAGAGAACCCAAGCCUUUCACAAGGUACAUCGCCCACUUCCUCGUUCAUGCCAAUGACCCACCACAGAUUUGGCGUCUAAAGUUGGAAGUUCUUACUAUGACAUUCCCGCAUUGUGGAAAGCAUUGGAAGGGGGUUAUAAUUAGUGAACUGGAACAUUUUUCCAAGGGUGCAGAUCCUGAGUUGGUUCGCGAAAGUGUGCGAGCGAUUGGACGCUGUGCUCAGGGCGACUCCACCACCGCAGAUAUGUGCCUGCGCAUUCUACUUGGGCAGGUCUCUAGUCUUGACGGAAACUUAGUUUCUGAGUCUCUGACUGUUAUUCGACAUCUGAUUCAACAGGACCCGACCUCGCAUAAACAAACUGUCAUUCAGCUUGUUACGUAUCUUGGUACCACCACAAAUGCCGACGCCAGAGCCACGAUUAUCUGGCUCGUGGGUGAGUUCGCAGGCAUAGAUCCUGACCAUAACAUCGCCCCAGAUGUUCUUCGUGUUCUGAUUAAGGGAUUUACCGAGGAAUUGGAGGUUGUUAAGCAACAAAUUGUUCUACUUGGUGCCAAAGUGUACCUCCAGCAUCUCUUGAAAAACCAGCCACAGGAGUCAGCAGAGCCCGUUGCUCCGACAUCUCCUGAUCGCUCUGCCAAGAUCGAACAUGCCAUCCGCAACGAAUGGACGGAGGAUCAGGCCGAUGACCAUACGGAGUCAAAUGAAGUUCCUGAAAAUGAAGCGGCUGUAAAGGAACAAAUUGGCACUAAAGAAGAAGAGGAUCGUAUCACAUUACUUUGGCGGUACAUUCUCCUACUCGCGCGUUACGACACCUCAUAUGAUCUCCGUGAUCGUGCUCGCCUCUACAAAUCGCUUCUUGCUACUCCAUCUUCAACCCAGUUGGCCAGCCUGCUUCUUCUUGCCCCCAAGCCCGUUCCGCAUGCCCCCAGUCCCUCUGAAACACGCAAGGAUCUCCUUGUAGGGACCGCAACCCUUGUCGUAGGCCCCGAUGCCGGUUAUCAUGGGCUCCGUGGCUACACCAAUAUACCAGAUUGGGUACAACUAGGACAAGAACCCGAUCCUAGUCUCCGCAUUGAAGAUAUCAAAUCAGAAUCUGCUUCGACCCCGAGCUCAUUGACUGCCGGCCAGAAAUUAGACCAAGCGCUUCGCCAGCAUCAGGCCACCGCACCACCGCGACGACCAAAUGGAUCAGCAGCCAUUGGAGGCGCAAGUGGCAAGAAAACUUUGGAUCAGUGGCUCGGGGAAGAGGAAGAAGAAACCGAGUCUGAGACCGAGUCCGAAGAAGAAACGGAUUCGGAGGAGGAGACGGACUCUGAAGAAGACGACUCCGGUGAGGAGUCAGAAGAGGAGGAUAGCGACGAAGAGGAGACUGAUUCUGAGAGUGAAGCUGCCCAUAAAGAAGCUCAGCAGUUGCUUAGUCACUCCGGCGGCCAAGCGCAUUGA